CGUGUCAGGGAGGAAAUGGCGCCGCGUCAGGGCGGAAGUAGCGUCACAUCACGGCGGAAAUGGCGUCCCAACGGGGCGGAAGUGGCGUCACUCAUCACUAUGGGGGAGAAGAAAGCAUCAGGGCGGGUACCGGAGGCUGCUCAACGCCGGGUCCUGGACCGAGCGACCCGGCAGCGGCGGCUGAACCGGCAGCUGGAGGCGUUGGAGAACGAUAAUUUCGGGGAUGACCCGCAGGCCGGGCUGCCCCGGCCCGGGAAACGGCUGCCCCACUUCGCCGAUACCGCCGAGACCGGGAAGAAGAAGAAGAAGACGCGGGGGGAUCACUUCAAGCUCCGCUUCCGCAAGAACUUCCAGGCGCUGCUGGAGGAGCAGAACCUGAGUGCGGCCGAGGGCCCCAACUACGUCUCGGCGUGCGCCGCCCCUUCCCGUCUGCCCCAGCGCCAUUUCUGCGCCGUCUGCGGUUUUCCCUCCGCCUACACCUGCGUUACCUGCGGCGCCCGGUACUGCUCCAGCCGCUGCCUCGGCACCCACCAGGACACCCGGUGCCUGAAGUGGACGGUGUGACGGGGACGCCGCUGUCACCCGUGGGGACAAUAAAGGAACCUGGGUGUCACACCCCCCCCCCACCUCGCUGCUCGUUUGUCCCGCGGGGCUGGGAACAAGAUGGCCGCCCAUGCGCCACCCCUUUAAGAGCCACGCCCUGGGUGUGACAACAAGAUGGCCGACUCCGAGAGCCACUUUUUCGAGCGAAAAUCUUGUUUUUCUACAGAAAACCCUCCCCGAGGGCGGGCAGAAGCCGAGGUGGCGCCGCCCCUUUAAGAUACAUUUGUGGGUUUUGAUUGGUGGGGUUUUUUUUUGGUCUACAGACAAAUAUUCCUGAGUUUGAGCACAAGAUGGCCGACAGCGGCCGCGCCUUUAAGAAGGGGGGGGAGGGAUGGACGGA